GCCUCAUCUUAUUAAAUCCGCUUAAUUUGGUCUUUUUGAUUCCGUACUUUCGCAUCCAUCUCUCUCUCCUCGCACUCUGCAAAUUCUCGGAGCAGGUCAAAUCCUUUUCUCGUCUUUUCCCUCCUUUUGCUCCCUCUCUCUCUCUCUCUCUCUCUCUCUCUCUCUAAGCGCUUCACUGAGGUUUCGGCCUUCGGGUAUGAUGGACGGAAGCGGCGCGUACAACCCACGCACGGUGGAGGAGGUCUUUAGGGAUUUCAAGGGUCGUAGGGCUGGGAUGAUUAAGGCCUUGACCACCGAUGUCCAAGAGUUUUACCGACAGUGUGAUCCCGAAAAGGAGAAUCUAUGUCUUUAUGGACACCCGAAUGAGCAUUGGGAGGUGAAUUUGCCCGCUGAAGAGGUUCCCCCAGAGCUCCCGGAGCCUGUUCUGGGCAUCAAUUUUGCCAGAGAUGGAAUGCAGGAGAAGGAUUGGCUGUCUUUGGUUGCUGUCCAUAGCGACGCAUGGCUUCUUGCCGUCGCUUUCUUCUUCGCAUCUAGGUUCGGAUUUGACAAAGCUGAUAGGAAACGGCUUUUCAAUAUGAUCAAUGAUCUCCCAACUAUAUUCGAGGUUGUCACAGGAACCGCCAAGAAACAGUUGAAGGAGAAAUCGUCAGUUUCCAACAAUAGCAGCAACAAAUCCAAAUCAAACUCCAAGCGUGGGUCAGAACCGCGAGGCAAGUACUCGAAGACUACGGCCAAGGAUGAGGAGGAAGACGAGGGUGUGGAAGAUGAGGAGGAUGAAGAGCAAGGGGAGACACUAUGUGGCGCUUGUGGAGAGAGUUAUGCGGCUGAUGAAUUUUGGAUCUGUUGUGACAUUUGCGAGAACUGGUUCCAUGGAAAGUGUGUCAAGAUCACUCCAGCGAGGGCUGAACACAUCAAGCAAUAUAAAUGCCCGUCUUGCAGCAACAAGAGGGCUCGAUCAUGAUCAUAGUGCUCGUCUUCAAUUUCUCGCCUCCCUCACCCUGUGUAUUCUUUGGCAUGAUGGACAUGACAGCUAACUGUCUUGUUAGAUCAGGUUUGUUCCUAGAGACAUGUGAUUUGGUAAUGGUAGGAAAGUGCCCUUUUGUCUUGCAGCGUUAGGAAGUUAAAUUGGUAGCCACAAAAGAAAAUCAGUCGCCCGGCUUAGGAAAUCCAAGUAGAGCUCUGGUUGGGAAAGGUAUUCAUUUAUAGUACCGAACCAACCGGGCAAAUCGGGCAAAUUCUUUUCAAUGGCGAUUGAAUGAAGUUAAUCUCAUGUUUUAUACCUC